AAUGGCUGCGAGCAGUUCUGUAGUGCCGGUGGCUGUGACUGCUGCUGUGGUGCCAGUCCUGUCAACGAGCGGCGAUUUCUCAAAUUUGCGGGAAAUUAAAAAGCAGCUGCUGCUUAUUGCGGGCCUUACCCGGGAGCGAGGCCUACUGCACAGUAGCAAAUGGUCCGCGGAGUUGGCCUUCUCCCUCCCGCCGUUGCCUCUGGCCGAGCUGCAGCCGCCGCCACCUAUUACAGAGGAGGAUGCCCAGGAUAUGGAUGCUUACACCCUGGCUAAGGCCUACUUUGACGUUAAAGAAUAUGAUCGGGCAGCACAUUUCCUGCAUGGCUGCAAUAGCAAGAAAGCCUAUUUCCUGUACAUGUAUUCUAGAUAUCUGUCUGGAGAAAAGAAGAAGGACGAUGAAACAGUUGAUAGCCUAGGCCCCCUGGAGAAAGGACAAGUGAAAAAUGAGGCUCUUAGAGAAUUGAGAGUGGAGCUCAGCAAAAAACACCAGGCUCGGGAGCUUGAUGGAUUUGGCCUUUAUCUGUAUGGUGUGGUGCUUCGAAAACUGGACUUGGUCAAAGAGGCCAUAGAUGUGUUUGUGGAGGCUACUCAUGUUUUGCCUUUGCAUUGGGGAGCCUGGCUAGAACUCUGUAACUUGAUUACAGACAAAGAGAUGCUGAAGUUCCUGUCUUUGCCAGACACCUGGAUGAAAGAGUUUUUUCUGGCUCAUAUAUACACAGAGUUGCAGUUGAUAGAGGAGGCGCUGCAAAAGUAUCAGAAUCUCAUUGAUGUGGGCUUCUCUAAGAGCUCAUAUAUUGUUUCCCAAAUUGCAGUUGCCUAUCACAAUAUCAGAGAUAUUGACAAAGCCCUCUCUAUUUUUAAUGAGCUAAGGAAACAAGACCCUUACAGGAUUGAAAAUAUGGACACAUUCUCCAACCUUCUUUAUGUCAGGAGCAUGAAAUCUGAGUUGAGUUAUCUGGCUCACAACCUCUGUGAAAUUGAUAAAUAUCGUGUAGAAACAUGCUGUGUAAUUGGCAAUUAUUAUAGUUUGCGUUCUCAGCAUGAGAAAGCAGCCUUAUAUUUCCAGAGAGCCCUGAAAUUGAAUCCUCGGUAUCUUGGGGCCUGGACGCUGAUGGGACAUGAGUAUAUGGAAAUGAAGAACACAUCUGCUGCUAUUCAGGCUUAUAGACAUGCCAUUGAGGUCAAUAAGCGGGACUACAGAGCUUGGUAUGGCCUUGGACAGACCUAUGAAAUCCUUAAGAUGCCAUUUUAUUGCCUUUAUUAUUAUAGACGGGCUCACCAGCUUCGGCCGAAUGAUUCUCGUAUGCUGGUUGCUUUAGGAGAAUGUUAUGAGAAACUCAAUCAACUAGUGGAAGCCAAAAAGUGUUAUUGGAGAGCUUACGCCGUGGGAGAUGUGGAGAAAAUGGCUCUGGUGAAACUGGCAAAGCUUCAUGAACAGUUGACUGAAUCAGAACAGGCUGCCCAAUGUUACAUCAAAUAUAUCCAAGAUAUCUAUUCCUGUGGGGAAAUAGUGGAACAUUUGGAGGAGAGCACUGCUUUCCGCUAUUUGGCCCAGUACUAUUUUAAGUGCAAGCUGUGGGAUGAAGCCUCAACUUGUGCCCAAAAGUGUUGUGCAUUCAAUGAUACUCGGGAGGAAGGUAAGGCCUUACUCCGGCAAAUCCUACAGCUUCGGAACCAAGGCGAGACUCCCUCCGCUGAGAUGCCUGCUCCCUUUUUCCUCCCUGCUUCACUGUCUGCUAACAACACCCCCACACGCAGAGUUUCUCCACUCAACCUUUCUUCAGUCACACCAUAGUUGGCUACUUUUAAGCCAGCACAUUGCCAGACCCAUAUUAAGCCUUACCUCCAUGUAAAGAAUGGCCACGCCUGUUCUUCCAAGGACCUUAGCUCUUUUUGCUUGUAAAGAUGGAAACAGCUCCUUGGGGACAGUUUACAGCAUCACCUUCAGGGUAGACUGACAGAAGAAUCCUGGCAGGAACAGACAUUGUCUUUUGCCAAUUAGAAGCACUUCUCUCUUCCGUUCAGAGUGGCUACCAAUCUUGGCCUUCUUCCCAGAACUUUCCCCCUCUCAAAAAAAAAAAUCCCUUUAACUGCACUUUAGUACAGGCAAGGCUACAGGAACAAAGGUUUACUGCUGCUGGGAGUGGGAGAUUUCUUUAGAGAGGCAACGUAGGGAGAAAAGUCUACCACUCUACAUUCUGCUGGCAGUAGGGGCACUGGAUACCCUAGGAAGGUCAGGGCACUGGAUAGACAUGACUUCUUCCUUGGAUUUGCUGAGCAUGACUAUUCUGAUGUCAGAGAUUAGGUUUAAAUGGAGUGAAGCUAUAUAUUUGUUUUUACUGUAGGGAAACAUUCUUCCAAAACUUUUUUUUUUUUUUUUGAGGAAGAUUGGCCCUGCGCUAACAUCUGUUGCCCAUCUUCUUCUUUUUCCUCCCCAAAGCCCCCGUACAUAGUUGUGUAUCAUAGUUGUAGAGUUGUAGCUCUUCUAUGUGGGACACCGCCUCAGCACGGCUUGAUGAGCGGUGAGUAGGUCUGCACCCAGGAUCCGAACUGGUGAACCCCGAGCUGCUGACGUGUGAACUUAACCACUACGCCACCGGGCCGGCCCCCAAAACAUGGUUUUGAGGAGUCUGCUAGAAGCUUUCAAAUUGGAAGUAACUUAAUAGAGUUGAAUAAAAGAAGGGCAAAAAGAAUCUGAGCAUGGAACUGCUGAUAGGCCCUACUGAGGGCAAAAGAUGUCUAUAGAGUUAGCUAUACCCCUACUAAAGCAAAGCAAGGAGACAGGAUUUUUUAUAGAUAAUUUCGUGGACAUUUGGGAGUGAUAAGUUUUGUGACUGUACAGGCAAGAAUAAACUCAUUCAAGCUGGUAUGUUUUAAUAAAUAUUUUUGAUGUAAUUGUUUUUUUCCAGGCUUCACCUGAUUAGACAAAGAAUCAUUCUUGCUGUGCUCUUGGAGGUUUUCAGGCCUGUGCAUGUGUAUUCAGUAGGAGGUAAUAUGCUGUGACUAAAUGUCUACUGUAAUGAAUUUGUGCAGUAGAUGCUAUGGAUUAUUCUGAGCUCAGGGCCCAGCCUUCCACUAUUCUUGUUUCCAGAACAAGUUUGUUAACCCAUUCACCUCCUAAUGUAUGAUAAUUGAUUUUAUAUUAAGGAAGGUUUAGAAUAUCUAAUGUUCCUUGAACUCGUUUCUUGGUAAGCUUUCUUAGGUUAGCUGUAUACUAGUUACCAGUCUCCACUGCCAUUCCUGUGCAAGGUUUCCCUGGGCCUGAAUGAUAUUUGAUUUUCAGUUUUUCUGCCCCUUUUAUAAUUUCUGUUUUAAUGGUUUUGCUAAAUUUGGAAUUCAAAUAAAAAAUGUGAAUAAUAUCUUUAUU